UGAUUCGCCUUAUAAUUCUUCGCGCCGCGCCCCCCCUUCAACGAAGUUAGAGCGUGUCACGUGAGGGGAAAGGGUGCUUUACGCCACGGGAGCGAAAACGAGCGCGGAGCUAUGAAGUACUAUGAGGUGGAGAUCCUGGAUGCCAAGACCCGGGAAAAGCUGUGCUUCCUGGAUAAGGUAGAGCCCAAUGCUACCAUAAAUGAAAUCAAGAGUCUCUUUACCAAGUCUCACCCUCAGUGGUAUCCAACCCGGCAGUCCCUACGACUAGAUCCCAAGGGAAAGUCUUUGAAGGAUGAAGAUAUCCUUCAGAAUUUGCCAGUUGGUACAACAGCAACAUUAUAUUUCCGGGACUUAGGCGCACAGAUCAGCUGGGUGACUGUAUUCCUCACAGAAUAUGCUGGGCCCCUCCUCAUUUACCUGAUGUUUUAUUUCCGGGUUCCUUUCAUUUAUGGCUCAAGAUAUGACUUCACCUCCAGCAAAUACUCUGUUGUUCACCUGGCUUGCAUUUGCCAUUCUUUCCAUUAUGUCAAGCGCCUUCUUGAGACCCUUUUCGUCCACAGAUUCUCCCAUGGAACAAUGCCUUUACGUAACAUCUUCAAGAAUUGCACUUACUAUUGGGGCUUUGCAGCCUGGAUGGCAUAUUACAUCAAUCACCCGUUGUAUACACCACCUGCAUAUGGACAUGGACAAGUGAAAUUGGCGCUUAUCAUAUUCCUGUUCUGUCAGCUGGGAAACUUUUCUAUUCAUAUUGCUCUGCGAAAUCUUCGCCCAGCUGGUUCGAAGGCCAGGAAGAUCCCAUUCCCUACGAGGAAUCCAUUUACAUGGCUUUUCUUGCUGGUCUCUUGUCCCAAUUAUACUUAUGAGGUAGGGUCUUGGAUUGGUUUUGCCAUAAUGACUCAGUGCCUUCCAGUGGCUCUGUUUACCUUGGUUGGAUUUAUUCAAAUGACCAUUUGGGCAAAGGGAAAGCACCGAAGUUACCUGAAGGAGUUCCGAGAUUACCCACCCCUACGUUCGCCUAUCGUUCCUUUUCUGCUCUAAGCCUCCUCCUGCACUAAGAUAUCAAACUGGGCUGGUAGCUUCAUUUUUUAUCUUCUUGAGCAGCUGUUAUUGGAGUCUAAAACAGGGGUUUUUUCACUGUCCACAAUGUGUUUGGGGGGGAGGGUUGUUGGAAUUCCUUCCUUUUAAAGUUAAUUGCCCUUUCCUCAGUCAUCUUUGUCCUUUGCCCUUAAUCCAAAACCACAUUUGACUUGGAAUAACACUUUGCUACAGUUACCAUGAAGCCAAACACUGCAACAAGAACAGAGGGAACAAUCCAAUUUUACAGGGGGGGAGGGAGUUGAACAGCUGCUACGCAUUAUAUUUGUAAGAGCAGAUACCAUAAAUGGAACCUAGGCAGCUGGACUUUGGCCAAAAGUGAGGUCAUAGAAUAGCAAUCUUAACUCUAGUUCUUAUUAAUAAUUUUAGAAAAGUUGUCCACUGCAUUUGUGCAUCACUUUGGAUAUGAAAGCAUAAAAGUGCCUUGCAACGCAUGGUGCCAUUCCUAAACCAAAUGGGUCUUUCCUGGGAUGGAAAGACCCAGGAAAAGGCAUGGCUGCUUUAAGGAGUUGCAGACUGAUGCAGUCAUCAUGGCCCUGUGUGGUACAAUACACUGUUUUUCAUUUGCAUUUGCAUUCAAAGCACAGCACAGUCUAUUAAUUCAGUUGUGGGCAUUCUCCUAGUAGUAAAUAUUAUUGCUAUAUUUUUUUUAUUCUGGAGUGAUGCUUGGUACUAAAAAAUUGUAAUGUUUUUUUCUGUUGGGAAAUAAACUGACUAAGAUCAGUGACAAUACUAACUUCAUCUCUUUUAUAGGAGGAUCUUGUGUCCCUUUUUAACCCUUGUUCAACUAGUAGGCAUUUGUGCUUGAAACCAAAAUUAAAAAUGGCUGAAUUGAAUGACAUUACAAGUAAUUUCAUAAGGGCAGAACGCAUUAUUUAAUCAUCCCAGUUAUAAGCUAAAUUAUGACAUGGCAAAUUCCCUGCUGUGAAGCAAAGGAAACAAAUUAGUUAUGAUCCAGUAUUAGCUUUGGUGUUACAUCGGUUGUUUCAGUCCUGUCUACCAUACAAAUUGGCCACUUGUCGUCCACACAAAUGAUUUUCCUUUUCCUACCUAGUAGAAUCUUAUGAGUAGUGAACAUCAUCUUCCAAGUAGAAGUGUAUCCCUGACGUGACUCAAUUUUGUGGGAUGGUAGAGUAUGCCUUCUGAAGUUAAGUUCUUGAAAUGCAAGUCUAGCAAAUAUAGUGUUGUGUCUUAACUAGCAAGAAUUGUGUAACUUUCUGUAACACAGGCCUAUUGAAAGAUGAAUGGACAGGGCAAUUAUGGAGAUAUACAAGUGAAACUUCUAUUUAAUGGAUCAGAUGAUAAAAGGUGUUUCCUCCAGUUGUCCAUUAAAUAGAAGAGUGAUCAAUACCAAUGUAGGUAAAUGCUACAAAUUGCAUCUUUUGUUUGACUUACUCAAUUUGUAUAAUGUUUACAAGUGCACUGAGAAAUUGGGGGGGGGGGUUCUGCUUUGAAAUUUGUAACCAUUUCUAGCACUUAAGAGAUAAGGAAAUGCCUAUUAUUCCUUCUAUAAAAAUAUUCAGUGUUACAGAACUGAAGCCUCUGAGGUUUGGACUGUCUUCUUGAGAGGAGGUUGUUUAUUUUUCUAUUUGUCAUUGUUACCAAGGUUGGGAUACUGCUUAGAGUUAGUUUUUGGAUUAUGACGGCAACUGAGAGUGGGAUUGCCAUUGCUAAGCAAUGUGGUUGCAAAGUGGAACAUCAGGUGGCCACACCACUUAACAACAGCAAUACUGGCAAUUCCACUUACUGUCAUUACCUCAAUAUAUGCAGGUUAUUAAGUGGAAAGUGGUAGGAAUUUUAAGUAAGGACCAGGAUGGGAAGUUGGAAGGGUUGGUGCAGGCUGUGAUUUGGAAGUGGGGGUCUGUGGGGAGGAAUGGCGGGGGCAACAGACUUGAGCAUAAGCAGGUUGUGGGAUACACAGCAUGACAAGAAGCCUGGAGAACUUACUAGAGUAACAUGCAACCUUCCUUUCUGGUUUCCCCAUUGAUUUUGAUCUUGGGAAGCCAGCAGGGAAGGUUGUAAUUGGCAAUAAUCUGAUGACAGGAUGCUGCAAUUGCAGUAAUACAAGCAGUUGACAAGUCUCUGAAUCAUGAUUGCAUGACCGUGGAGCACUGCGAAGGCCAGAACUUCAAGGAUUGGUCAUAAGUUCCACUUGUUCAGCACCAACUUCAAAUGGUUGCUGAAUGAGUGGCUAGUAAAUGGGGACUACUUAAUUUGGAGGCAGCCCCAUUUGAAGUAGAGUGGAACUUGAUUCUAAACAAAUAUGUUCACAGUCAAGAUGAAUGUUUGUCAUAGACUUAGGUUAUGCUGCAUGUGAGCAGUGAUAUCUGAAACCUAGGCUCCAAGGCUGCUGUUAAAUGAGCCACUGACUUUGCUAUAAUCCAUUUCAUGUGGAACUUUAUUUAAACUAACCAAUAAAAAAUAAUCCAGCCAC